GCCAGUGUCGUCGCCGGAGCUGGAGCUUAUAACGAGCGUAGUUCUUGCGCAGAGUUUAUUGCCGACAGUUGGCGCGAUCUUGUUUGCCGUCGCCGUCGCCAUCUCGCUAUCCCCAUAUCAUAUCGUCAUGUCGUAUCGCCACCGUGCCCCCAUUGGGUGUUUAGUUCCAGUUCCAGUUCCUCUGCCUGAGUCCCUCCGACGGCAUUCGGCACUCUUCCUAAAUAGCCUUAGGAUUUAGGAUAUUUUAGUUCGGAAAUAUAAAUAUUAUCAAGUGCUUUCGAGGAUAGUGCAACUCAUAAAACUUACCCCACAAAUAUGUAACACUGUGUGAUGUGUUAGAAAAAUAAUUAUAAUAAUGCCCAGGCCCUCGCGAGAAUCCUACGGCGAACAGAAGCCCCCCUAUUCGUACAUUUCGCUGACGGCCAUGGCCAUCUGGAGUUCGCCGGAGAAAAUGCUGCCACUGAGCGAUAUAUACAAGUUUAUCACGGACCGAUUUCCGUACUACCGCAAGAACACCCAGCGCUGGCAGAAUUCGCUGAGGCACAACCUCAGCUUCAACGACUGCUUCAUCAAGGUGCCCCGACGGCCGGACAGACCAGGAAAAGGAGCCUACUGGGCCCUCCAUCCGCAGGCCUUCGAUAUGUUCGAAAACGGCAGUCUGCUGCGGCGCAGGAAGCGCUUCAAGCUGCACAAGAACGACAAGGAUCUGCUGAACGAAGAGCUAACGGCGCUGGCGAACCUCAAUAGGUUCUUCUUUACCACCCGGAACGGAGGCAGUGCCUCGCAUAUGUCGCCGCUGGACAUGAACAGUCCGUCGAUGAGGCUGGAUCCUCUGCCCAGGGCAACGAAUCAUAUGGGUCACGCGAAUUCUUUGGGUCCUGCAGCCGUGGGACUGCCGCAUGUAAUGCCCACCUCCAUGGAUCACACGAAUCUCUCGGACAUGGGCCUCUCGCAACUGCCCGCGCUAACCACUUCCGAUAUCGAGGGACCCCUGAGCCUGCGACCCAAGCGAUCCUUCACGAUAGAGAGCCUGAUUACACCCGACAAGCCGGAGGAGCAGCCGUCGGAGGAGGAGGACGACGACGAUGAUCGGGUCGAUAUCGAUGUGGUGGAGUGCAGUGGAAUCAGUCGGUAUCCCAGCACGCCGGCACCCGAGGAGUACCACCGAUCCGGAAGGACCGAAGAUCCCCUGCCGCCGAUGCACACGAUAAACGCCGGAGCCCAUUCCAUGCCCUUCCUGCACUACGCCGCCACGGGUGCCGCCAAUGUGGCCGGACUGCAGGCCUCGGGGAUUCCCAGCAGCCCCACCACCUACGAACUGGCCAUCUCGCAUCCGCUCUUCAUGAUGGCGGCGCCCAUUGCCAAUAUGCACAAUAUAUACUACAAUAAUGUCACUCUCGUCGCCCCGGCGCAGCAAUAUCGGACACCCGAGGUCCAGAAUAGAAUAGACAACGAUAUGCGUACGAUAUAG